AUGGGAUCCGGCAUCACAGUCUCACUUUGGCCGCUGACGAUGUCGGCCGCAACUUUGGCUCUGGGAUUAGCCAUGGCCCUGAUGGCCACCGGAAAUGGUCAACCACACCAGCAAGUGGCCAACAGCAAGCAAUCGCAUCUCUGGCUUGAUUGCUCCUGCCUUCACUUGACCGAACGGAAUGCCACCCAAUGGGGCAAAAUGGCCAUUAAUGCCAGCCAUUCGCUUGGAGCCAAAAACAACUGCCUGAUGAUCUUCAUCGGUGGAAUGGACGAUGAGCUGGUGGCCUUUCAGCUCGAGCAGUUGCAGCUGCGCCCCGGCUGCUUGGACAGCAUAGACGUCUUUCCUUUUUUGCGGGACCCCGUCAUCGAGAACGCGACACUGGCGGCGGACACCUUUUGCCAGCAUAGCCGGAACCGCAGUGCCACGCCUAUUUAUAGCUCGGGUCGAUUGCUCGGACUGCGCCUCCGGUUCCAGCAGCCGCCCACCGAUUUGGCCAACUGGAACUUGACCCUAACCGCCAGCUAUCGAUUUCUUAAACGAGAUAACUUCAAAACAGAUGGACGCUUGGUGCCGCACAGCUUCUGUGACUUCUACUUCUUUGCCAGCUUAUCCGGUGAGGUGGGAAAUCUGGGCCAGGGCUAUUUCCACUCGCCCCAGUUCCCGGCCCACUAUCCAGCACACAUAAAGUGCGCUUACAAAUUCAUUGGCCGUCCGGAUACCCACGUGGAGAUUCUAUUCGAAGAGCUGGAACUGCCACCAGUGGCCAGCGGUGGCUGCCAGUUGGAUAAACUUACCCUAUUCGACGCCGAAUCCGCUCACAUGAGCUCGGUGAUCGAUGUACUCUGCUCCAGCCGUCCCACCCGGCGACUGGUAAGCAGUGGACCUGAUCUGCUACUCGAGUUUAAUGCCAGUUCCAAUCGUACGGCCAAGGGGUUCCGGGGUAAGUACAAGUUCGUGCCAAAUGAGCUGGGUGUGCCGGAGCCCUCGCCCCCACCACCGGCGGUUAUGGAGGCAGCCAGUGUGGCUGUUAAGCAGGAAAAGCUCCAGCAGGAGCAGGCCUUCGCCGUCAAGGCCAACAGUCUGCCGACGGAUGUGGAAUUGACGAAGCCCGGACGCUCAUUUGAACACUGCAAGCAGAAAUUCGACUCACGCGUUAACAAAUCGGGGACUUUCGACUCCAAUCAGCUGUUGCUGGCAAAGUACGCUCUCGGCGGAGUUACAAUUGGCGGCUCGAGAGUCCUACAAUGCCGUUACGAAUUUGAAGCGCAACCGCCAGAAAGGGUGCAGAUACGAUUCCACGAUUUUAAUGUGCCCACGGAGAAUGAGAAUUCCACGGGAUGCCAGCCUGGGGAUGCGCUUCAUGUCGUAUCCGAAGUGCGCGGGCGUUACGAAACACAGGAACUAUUGUGCGGCGCGUUUUUGCCAAAGCCGCUGAUGUCAAGUGGGCCACAGUUUCACCUUCAAUUUGUCGGAAAAUAUCCACCAACCAUGACCAACAAAGUUCAGUACUACGGAUUCCGGGCAGAGUACCGCUUUUUAACCAACUAUGGCAUCAUGUCCGGUGUGCAACAAGAGGACUGUUCCUUCGUUUACAACAGCAGUGAACGAAUAAGUGGCCUAUUUCAUUCUCCCAAUUUUCCUGGUUAUUAUCUAGAAAAUGUAGUGUGCAAUUAUUAUUUCUAUGGAGCGAGUGAUGAAAGGGUUGUACUGCAUUUCACGUAUUUCGACGUUGAAGGCAUUGGAACCUGUGACCACCAGACUGCCAGCGACUUCAUUGAGUUUUCGAAUUUUAUGAGCACAGACCGAAAGUAUAGCAGAUUCUGUGGAAAGCUUCAGGAUUUUGAAAUGCGCUCUGAUGGGCGCUUCUUUCGCGUCACCCUGCAUUCAAAUGAUCGGUUUGUUGCUAUUGGAUUCCGCGCUCUGUAUACGUUUGAAAACAUUCCAGUGAAUAACUCAAUCUCGGAUCUGCGAGACAAUGCAUCCGUGCAGAGCUUCGUUUCAACAGGUCCAAAAAAGUCAGUUGUUAAGUUAAACAAUUUAAUUUUUUAUAUCUUAUGCAUUUUUAAAAUAUACCAAUAA